UUAUUACUAUUAUUAUUAUUAUUACUAUCUCUUUUCUCUUGUCGACAAUACCGAAGGACUAACUGGCGAAAGGAUCAACUCCAAUCACAGUAGUAACAGUCUUAACAUACCUCAUACUACAAACCACAUAUAAUUAAUCCCAGCACUACUCCCUUUGGAGUCAACCAAAGCUACGACAGUCGAGUGGCGGGACAAGCUACGCAGAAGUUUACCGAAGAUCAAGAACCUAUACCUCACAAUCAAGAAGCGAGCACAAAGAAAUCAAAUUGGUUUAUACUAGCUCGUAAAAACGAUAUUGGAUAUUGGAAACAAAACGGUCUUAAAGGGGAUCACAAAUGUGCGAGGACCGAGCCCAAGCCCACGUAUUAGGGAACGUGAACAAGUCUAGAGAUUUAAUCUAGCUGGUAAUAGUUAUUGUCGGCUUUUAUAUUAUUUACCGAAAAUGAAUCAUAAUCAUACUUGUCCAUUACCAGCAAAUGUAAAAUCAACACAUCAUGCCACAUAUAUACAUCCAAGAUUAAUGCCUGGUUAUCGAGGUCACUGUCCAGGUGAAAAAUUUGAUUAUGGUCAAACAUAUGGAGCAUAUACAUGUAAACAAUUUCAAGAUUAUCGUUCAACAGUCCUUCAGUCAUCAAUGACACCGUAUGAAGAUGGAGGAAAUUUUCCAACAUUUUUAUCGCAUAAUCCAGAUCUUGUUAUUAACAAAAGAAUUCAAGGUAGACAGCGUUAUGGUGACAGAUUCUAUUGUCAACUUUAUAAUAAAGAUGAUCAUAGAUCUAAUGAACUUAGACAAUUCGACUUGGCAGUUCAAAAGCAUCGUGAGUAUUACAAGGAUAAAACGGGAACUAAAGCACCUGUAACGGAUUUUUUCAUUCCAACAACUAAUAUGGAGUUUAUUAAAGAAAAAUAUUUAUCCUAAUUUAUUGUAAUGUAUUAUCAUCGUAACUAUAGAUGAAAAAUAUAUUAAAAGAGCACAAGACAAGUUCUAAUUUCAUAUUCUUUUAGUUGAGAAAAGGACAGAUUUUGAAUCUUGUGUUUUAAUAAUAAUAAUAAU